GGCCCGUCUCGUUGGUUUGGACAGAUUAGAUGUGACGUGGAUCAGGAAGCGGCUGCAGAUCUGCACAGAGAGGGUCGAGUGAGAACUGGUGUCGUGUCCAACGCAAGGGAAACCGAAGAUGUCACGAGCUGCUGGAAAAGCCGGAAACCUGAGAGAGAAACUGGAUGGGAAUGAGCUGGAUUUAAGCCUCAGUGAUCUGAGCGAAAUACCGGUGAAGGAGCUGGCUGCGAUUCCCAAGGCGACUGUGCUGGAUCUUUCUUGCAACAAGCUGACCACAAUACCGAGUGAAUUCUGCUCUCUCACUCACAUUGUGAGGCUGGAUCUCAGUAAGAAUAUGUUGCUCCAGCUUCCGACUGAUAUUGGCAGACUGGUGAACCUACAGCAUCUCGAUCUGCUCCAGAACCGUUUAAAAGCCCUGCCGGUCAGCUUCGCUCAGCUCAAGAGCUUGAAAUGGUUGGACUUGAAAGACAAUCCCCUGAACCCUGCCCUGGCCAAAGUAGCUGGAGACUGCCUGGACGAAAAGCAGUGUAAAGAGUCUGCGCAAAGGGUUUUGGAGUAUAUGCAAGUCAUUCAGGCGCAAAAGGAACAGGAAAUGCAGCGCAAACUUCAGCAGGAGCAAGUUCUGAAGCAGAAACGUGAGGCCGAGCAGAGGAAGAAGGAGGAGAAGGAACGGGAGCAAAAGCGCAAACACAAAGCUCAGCAGAAAGCCCGCAAGAAGAAGGACUAUGAUGCUCAGCAGGCAGCUCAGCAAGAGAAAGAGAAGGAGAAGAAGAAGAAGAAAGAACCUGCACCGUCUCAGAAUCACAAAAACUCUAGUAAGUCUGCACAGAAACAAAAACCACGGCGGAGCUCCAGGCUGGGUGUGGUGAUGCGGGUGAUCCUGUUUGUCUUCAUCACGCUCCUGGGAAGUGUGGUAGCGUGCCGCUACACUCAGCUGCAGAGUCAGAGCAUGUGCGCCAGCGUCAACGCAGUGUAUGACGACACCGUGAGAACUCUGAGGAGCUCCCAAAUGCUGGAGAGUGUCCUCCGGCUUGCUUCUCGACAGUAACGGCUAAAGACAUUUAUGAAGAAAAGGGUUAUUCCUUCCUGAGGGUGUUUGCAGUCUGGGGGGCUCCUCCAUGCUGUUUUAACUUUUUUUUUUGUUUUAUAUAUUUAAUAAGACUUUACCAAUUCCGUUCAUCUGAUGUCUUAAAGAGGAUCUUCGUUACACCUGGCGUGUGGGGGGGAAUACUGUA